AUGCGUUACAGUUCGGUUGUGUGUUUUCGGUAAGUUGUCACACGUGAAUCUUUCUUGAUAUUUUAAAGUUAGUUGAUGAUAUUCGGCAUUAUGUUAUUUUAAAACUAAAAUGUGAACAAUUUGAUUAAAGCAGUUUAUUUGAUCACACAAAUCGCUGGUAAAGAUGAACAAAGAACUUCUUGAAGAAGAGCUGACUCCUUUUCUGAGCCCAGAUGCCAAGGAAGAAAUCAAAACUUUGGCUGUUGAAAAUAUAAUGGGUUUAACUGGCACGGAUGAUGGCAAAAAGUUCCUUGGGGAAAGUGAAAAACUCCUGGGAGGAAUAGUGUCUUUAUGUGAUGAUAAAAGAACAGAUAUUCAGGAAAUGGUUUUCAAAUCGUUGAUCAAUCUUGCAACAAAUGAGGAGAGGUCUUGGAAAAUUUUGAACCUCGAAAAGUAUAAAAACAAAGUCGAGGAUUGGCUGGAAAGAGUAUUGGACCCCAAGUGCAAGCUGGCAGAUCUUGUGUCAAAACUUUUGUCAAAUAUAACGCGUUCGGAGAAAUGCGCAGAUUAUGUGGGUAAACUUAUUCUUAAAAAUGAAAGCAAUGGAAUUGACAGGAUAGUCCUUGCGCUGUGCAAUUUGGUUUACAACGACAAUGCUGAACUCCAUUAUUUGGCUAUGAUGUUGUCAAAUUUGUCACAAUCGCGGCAAAUACGGUUGAAAAUCAUGGACAAGGAACAGUGUAUAUUUCAGCGUCUUUUGCCUUUCACAGAAUUUAGGCAAUCAGAGAUAAGACGUGCUGGAAUUAUCGGAACUCUCAAGAACUGUUGUUUCGAUACUGAGUACCACGACUGGUUGCUAGGAGACCAGGUGGACCUGUUGCCACGGUUACUGCUACCGCUUGCGGGACCAGAAGAAUUUGAUGAGGAUGACACGGAGAAACUCCCAGAUGAGUUACAGUACCUACCUGAAGACAAAGAACGGGAACCGGUCUCGCACAUUCGAAAGAUGCUGUGUGAAGCAAUUCUGCAACUAUGUGCAACUAGACGUGGGAAGAAAUUUGUGAAAGAUAAAAACACAUAUGUGAUCAUGAGGGAAUAUUACGCCUGGGAGAGGAAACAUGAUCCGACCAAUGAAAUUGCGGCCAUGAACUUGAUAGACCUCCUUAUAGGUGACGAGCCGACAGAAGAGUUUGGGGAGAAUCUUAAGGAGGUGGAGAUUCCAGAAGACGUACACGCCAAGUUUGUAGAAGACGACCGCAAGGAACUUGAAUUUGCUGAAAAAGAAAGACUAGAGAAGCUAGCACAGAAGGAGAAUUAGAACAUGAAAUGCUUUCAGUUUUACACAUCUUUCGUGUGAAUGACAAAAAAAAUAGGCUUUGUUGAUAAUGAUGUUUAUACUAUUAAAUGAUGUAUUGUAUGUUAUAUGUUAUGAUAUUUACAGAUGAUUAAAUCAAUAGUGCGAUAA